CAUCUUUCCCGCCCAACUUCAAAAAAAAAAGGAAAGGAAAAUAAAAAUUAGGGUUAGGCACACCAAAAUCUCCACAAAAACCCAAAAUAUUCUCUACUGCAGUGUAAAGAAAUGGCAACAACUCCCAUGGAUAUAUCAAUUCAAAAAUCUAUCGAAACCACCACAACCCAUGAUGAAUCCGAUGGACACGGUGUCUCUUUUCCCUCCUCAUCCCCUUCCCCCAUUCACACUCAUCACAAAUUCCUCGUUUCUGUUGAAGUUUGCUUAAAACCCUCAAGCACCGCUCGCAUUGAAGAUGUUCGGUUAGCUGUUGAAAGAAUGCUUGAAAAGAGGAGUUUAAGCUAUGCUGAUGGACCAAUUCCGGUGCCAAUUGAUGACCAAUUUCUAUUUGAAAAUGUACAAAGAAUAAGUGUCUGCGAUACAGAUGAAUGGGUGAACAAUCAUGAUAUUCUUCUUUUCUGGCAAGUCAAACCUGUUGUACAUGUCUUUCAGCUUAGUGAGGAAGGACCAUGUGAGGAGCUAAGUGGGGAUGGCCAACUUUCUAGCUUUAAUGAAUGGAUCCUUCCAGCUAUGGAAUUUGAUGGGAUGUGGGAAAGCUUAAUUUAUGAAUCUGGGCUCAAGCAAAGGUUGCUGCGGUAUGCAGCCAGUGCAUUGCUCUUUACUGAAAAGGGUGUUAAUCCUUUUCUUGUUUCAUGGAAUCGCCUUAUUCUCUUACAUGGACCUCCAGGGACUGGGAAGACAUCUUUAUGUAAAGCAUUGGCUCAGAAACUAUCAAUACGAUUUAACUCCAGAUACCCCCAAUGCCAAUUGAUUGAAGUGAAUGCUCAUUCUUUGUUUAGCAAAUGGUUCUCUGAAAGUGGCAAGCUGGUUGCAAAGCUUUUCCAAAAAAUACAGGAAAUGAUAGAGGAAGAAAACAAUCUGGUAUUUGUUUUGAUUGAUGAAGUUGAAAGCCUUGCUGCUGCUAGAAAAGCUGCAUUAUCUGGUUCUGAACCUUCAGAUUCUAUUCGAGUUGUGAAUGCUCUAUUAACGCAGAUGGACAAAUUGAAAGCAUCACCAAAUGUGAUCAUCCUGACUACAUCAAAUAUAACUGCUGCUAUUGAUAUUGCAUUUGUUGAUCGAGCUGACAUCAAAGCAUAUGUUGGUCCUCCAACUCUUCAAGCUCGUUAUGAAAUUCUAAGAUCCUGCUUGCAAGAACUCCUGCGAACAGGAAUAGUAUCAAAUUUCCAGGGCUCUGACCAUCUCGUGCUUCCAGAUUAUUCAACCUUGAGAGAGAAAUUAAAUGCACCAACCGAAGCUCAGCCCGUGCUGAACUUUUGCAAGCAAUUGCUUGAAGCUGCAGAGGCAUGUGAGGGGAUGAGUGGAAGAUCAUUAAGAAAACUUCCAUUUUUGGCACAUGGAGCUCUUUCAGAUCCAUACAGUUGUAAUGCUAGCGAAUUCUUGUGUGCAAUGAUAGAUACAGCAAGGAGGGAGCAUUCUGAGCUACCUGAAUCCUGAUUAUUAGCUUUUACUCCAUCUGAAAAAUGUGCCAAACACUAAAUGUAAAAGACCUGCCUUGUAUUUUGAUGCAACUCAUGUCUCAGCAUCUUCAGAAUGAGAUUCCUGUCCGUUUUCAGGGUUGCUCAUAACAUGAAAUAAUUAGUUACAUAGAGACUGGAUAUCUUUUUUAGCCUGCCUGCCUAUUUAAGCUCUUGCCAGCUCUUGUAGAAGUUUAUUGAAGAAAACUUCCCAUGUAAAUAGUUAACUAUACCGAGUGUUAACAUGUUUCUUCAAUUCCUUUUGAA